AGAAAUUCUUCCUAUAUGGAUCAAUCUUCUAGUGAUGGUGAAACUGGAAGAAGACCACUGUAAGCAAACCCAGGAUGAACCGGGUGCCAGGUGCUGCAGAGAAUGCCCACAGUAGCAGCGUGGAAUCUUGUCCGUCCUUGCGGGAUGUCCACUCCAUCAACCCAGCGCAGCUGAUGGCAAGGAUUGAGUCGUAUGAAGGCAGAGAGAAGAAAGGCAUAUCAGAUGUCAGAAGGACUUUCUGUUUGUUUGUUACUUUUGAUCUCUUAUUCAUAACCUUGCUGUGGAUAAUAGAAUUAAAUGUUAAAGGAGGCAUUGAGACUACCUUAGAGAAAGAAGUGCUACACUAUGACUACUCUUCUUCGUAUUUUGAUAUAUUUCUACUGGCAGUCUUUCGAUUUAAGGUGUUAAUACUUGCAUAUGCAAUGUGCAGACUGCGCCAUUGGUGGGCAAUAGCUUUUACAACAGCAGUGACCAGUGCCUUUUUAUUAGCAAAAGUAAUUAUUUCACAGCUGUUCUCACAGGGUGCUUUUGGCUAUGUGCUGCCUAUCAUAUCCUUCAUCCUUGCCUGGAUUGAAACUUGGUUCUUGGACUUUAAAGUGUUACCACAAGAAGCUGAAGAAGAAAACAGAUUUUUGAUAGCACAGGAUGCUACUGAACGAGCAGCUCUUCUUCACCCAGGAGUCCUUUCUGAUGGGCAGUUCUAUUCUCCUCCUGAAUCCGUAGCAGGAUCUGAUGAAGACUCUGAAGAAAAACAAGACAGUGAAAAACCAGUUGUAUAGCAAUUAUGAAAAAGCAGAAAGAAAAUGUCUGAGGGAAGUUGUUGGGGUUUGGAAACUGGCAACAGAAUCUGUGGCUGACUUGCUGGUGGAGCUGCUGACAGGAGAAUUCGUUCAUGAGCAAGCAAAGGGAAUGGUUCCCCUGUACUGUAAUACCUCACAAAGAUGUACCUUGUUGACAUAUGUAUAUUAGGUUGCCUCUCGGGUGGUAUGAAAAUAUUUGUCCAUUAUGUAUUUUAUUCUUCAGCAAUUCCUGAAGUUGAUCUUCUAAUGACUAGGUAAUUACUGGAAAGUGUUGUCUUGUGUACCUAAUCAAGAGACUGGUAAUAUAAUGAAGUAAAACUUCUCUGUGAGGGAAGUAUAUUUAAUGAUUGUUGGGACUCACUAAGUAAAAUUAUUUUACGUCAUUGCAGAUUUGUCAUUAGUUUUAUGUUUACAUUUUUUUUUAACUCCAUGCAUUUUCUUUUUUAACGGUUAUGUUCACUUUCUAAAAUAAAAAUGUUAAAACAUG